UUUUCACUGGGGAAAGUAAAACUGAUUGGCGCAUGCGUAUUUACGCCGAUCUUGAUCAAGCAGAUGCUUGCUACCGUAUUCACCCCCGUAAACCCGAUAUGCUGUGAGAAGUUGGAUGUGCUAGGAGAAGUUGCCGAUGAAUUUCGGUAGGCCACUGUUGAACAGCUGCUGGAGUGUCAAGAUGUCAGCCAAAGAUGCCAAAACAGACCUGGAUGCGGGCGUGCUUAACAACUCGGAAUGGGUCAAGAGAUGGGGGGUUGGAGACACCGCCUUUCACCAAGGUGCCCAUGAUCCCUUGUUUGACACGCACGGAGACAUGAUGUUCGAGGGCGGUGCGAAGUCCGUGUUUGCGCCACUGUGUGGCAAAUCGCUGGAUCUGAUCUGGAUGUAUAAUCGGGGUCACACCGUGGUUGGCGUGGAGAUAGCAGAGCAGGCGGUCCAGGAACUGUUCUCUGAGAACAAGCUUGAUGUUCAAGUGAAGCACGUAGAGGGAGUUGGGCCGUUGUACAAGAGCAUAGACGGACGGCUGCAAGUGUAUGUCGGAGAUCUGUUUGAUUUGACCAAAGAUCGCUUGGGCGAGUUUGACCGGGUCUGGGAUUCCAGGUCCAUCGUGGCCAUCAACGUGGUGGAUCAGGAAAGGUACCGCGACCUGCUUCUGUCGUUUCUGAAGAAGGAUGGGCAGUAUUACCUCAUGACCAUUGACUAUGACCCCGCCGUCUGGCCAGGACCGCCACACAACAUCACGGAUCAGAGGGUCAGACAAUUGUACGGUGAAUACUGCAACAUUGAGGUGAUUCAAGAAUCUAACCUUACCGGCAUCAGCAAUCCGGACAACAAAGCAUCUGGUGGCCACGCCCCGCCAGCAAAACCGAAGUCUGCCGGUGCGGCAUUAAGAACAUCCUCGUAUCUUUAUGAUCGAUAUUAUAAAAUGACGUUCAAGUGAGACAACUCAGUGCAUUGACCACUAUAUGUUCAUACUUAAGUGGAAUUAAAAAAACACACACAAACAAUCAAGAAUCGAACAAAUCUUAACUAUCACUGAUGAAUCAGUACGCAUGCGCAUGUAUUUUGAAUCUGUCCAUUUACCGGUGUGUAUUAAUAUUGUCAAUUGUACUGUUAAUAAAUUAAAGCCAUAACAGUUUAAAAACGUAUUAAAAAUCCACACAACUCAUUGCAUACCACAGUGUAAUUCGUCCCCAUGCAUGUACUUUUGUUUGUGUAUAAACUACGCUAAUUUCGGGUAUAAACUUUGCAAAUUCACAUGGCCUGCCAUGUGGUGAUUAUUUCGACUUUAGGCCAUUACAAAUUGAUCAUAUGUAUGUCUGAUGUGCCGCGCAUAACAAUCGUUAAUGAAAUAAAGAUAUUAUAAUGAU